CACAUUCAUGCAAGCCCGUUGUUUCGUCCACCGCCGAUAGUGCAGUGCCGUGCUCCUCCUUAACCCGGCUUCACACCUCGGGGUGUGGAUGUUUGGAUUUUGACGUCUCCGGUGAAGACUGACAUCCUCGCUUGAAUGGAGAGAUCGAGGUUGGCCUACGCAACGGCGGUCGUUGUCGGCGCUGGGACAGCCGUCGCUUUGGUAUGGUGGUUUUGGACUCGUCGCCAAAAGGAACAGCCUCCGAAGAAGUGGCGGAAGGUCGGCGAACUGAGCGACCUCAUCGUCUUCCCUGUAAAGUCUUUAGGUGCCGUACGCUUGAAUACCAUGGAAUGUACGCCUCUGGGUCUCAGAGACGGCUGGCUCAGGGAUCGGACUCUCAUGGUCAUCGACAUGGACGGUCAUUUUGUCACGGGAAGACAACUGCCGCGAAUGGUCCAGGUUUCGCCGAGCAUUUCAGGAUCCACGCUGACUCUCAGGGCGCCUGGGAUGAUGGCGGUUUCGGUUGACCUGGCUGGCCUUAGAGGUAAAGGAUUCCGAGCGGCUGUAUGGGGCCAGCCAGUUCCAGCCCGAGAUUGUGGCGAGGAAGCGGCUCGUUGGCUGUCCAGGUUCCUUCUCCAGGAAGAUACCGGUCUCAGACUUGUCUAUUAUCCGUUAGACCGACCGACUAGAGAUGUGCGAACGAAAAACAAGCCGUUCCCACUGGUCGUCAGCGAAGAUACGGGGGCGUAUCCAGAUGCGACGAGUUACACCUUGAUGAACGAGGCCUCGAUUGCGGACCUGAACACUCGUCUUGAGGACCCAGUGACACCGCAGCAUUUUAGGCCAAACUUUGUGGUGAAAGGGGCACAGGUUUUAGAGGAAGAUUCUUGGGACUGGGUGAAAAUCGGGAACGUCGUCUUUAGAAACGUGAAACCAUGCACGCGAUGCAUAUUCACGACCGUCGACCCGGAAACAGGAAUGAAAAGUCCCAAAGUAGAACCACUGAAGACUCUUAAAGGUUACCGACAAAUCAAGGACCCUGAGCUGAGACCGUUUACCGGCGAUAGUCCUGUGAUGGGAAUACACCUGGGCUUGCGGUCUAACAACGGAAAUGUCCGGCUCGGAGACGGUGUUUUUGUCGGUGUUCCAGAAGAAGAAGAGCCGUUCUACUCCCCUCCGCUAUUGCAUCGGUGGAGCUCUUGCGAACACGAUGUUUUUCCGAUUGAGGAAAAAAUGUCAAAGGCUGACAUAGAUUAUCCGGAUUCAUCAUCAAGCUUCUUUGGGAGUGCCGCGAACAUAAUUGCCAGCUUAUCUAACCUCGAGUGAGAAGAAAAUAUACAAUGUUCAGUAAACAAAAGGUCUCGUACAGAUAUUUGACAAGGUUGGAGUUGGUAACGUUAAGGUGAUGAAACAUUGAAGAAAAAAUCAUUAUUUGGCAACUUUAGAUUGGCUUUUAAAGAGUCAAGAUGGUUAACUAUGAGUAUGUUUUGCUUUAUUACGAUUUAUUGGAUUUCAGAGAAUGCCAAUGUCGUUGAAUAAUGAUUUCUUUCUUUUUUUUUUUUUGUUUAUUUUUUAUAUUUCAUUAUUGCGUCAAGGGGAUGUCGGAUUUUCGUCAAAUACGGCGAAUCGUAUUUGACAAUUGUCAGUUUUUUCUUAUAAUUAAAAUCUGUUUAUACUUUGGCAAAUGACAGGAAUUAUGGCUGAUUGGAAGCUUGUCAACCGACUAGACAAGGCUAGGAAAAUUGAGAUUACAAAAAAUAUGUGAUUCAACUGCAGUGGCGUACGCUAUAAAUUGAAAAAUCACGAUACAUACAGCGUCGUCAUUUUUGAUGAUCUGUGCUUACAACGAAAACUAAGUGAAGUUCAUUUUUCGUACAAAAUGAUGUGCGUGCGGAGUGUUAUUUAUUAUAAGGAGUUUUUAUUGUAAGAGAAUUUUGUAGAUCUUUUGAAUGAGAAAAUUUCAAUAUUGUAUGGCUAUCGGAAACUUGGUUACAGUUGGAUGGUAUUUUUUCAUGUAUUUUCAAAAAUAUAAAUGAAUUCAAGUACCUGGUCGAUAGAAUUUGUCUAUUGUAUAGUGAUUCAGGAGACUAGUUGUUCUUUGCUUCAAAUACCAACGGAAAGUCUCCCUGAAGAGUAGCGUUCUACGCAAAAAUAAUACAAUAAAUAAAUGAAUGAGUAAAUCAGUUGAAGAGUUUCAAUGAAUAGAUUAACCAUGUUGACAGGUGUGUUAUAUAUUUUUUCAGAUAUGGGUCAGUUUGAAAAUUUUC